GCCGUCACGGUCUCCGAACCUCCUUCCCGCACAUUUUUGUCCGUGCGCAUAGAGGCGCAGGCCCCGGGAAAAGCACUCGCGCCUUCGAGAAAGUUUUUGCGUUCGCGACGGCAUUUCGAUGUUCCGGAGUUGACGGAGCAUCAUCGCGAACCUUUCGUUUGAGGUUUCGUCGAGCUUUUCCCGGCAUCCUUGCUAGCAAUCCAAACGAUCCUCUCGCCAGAUAAUUCGUCUCAGCUUUCGAUAUAACAUUCAGCUUCAGAUUGUAAGAAAUCUGUAGUGCUAAGGCUGCUAUAGGAGUGUACCUGUGAAAGUCCUUUCCCAAGGUUGUGCGCCGAUUGUGGAAGAGUAACUUUCUUUGACCGAAUAUCAAACCGAACGAAAUACGAGAGGAUGUUAGUGACGAUUAUUUUGGGGCUGGUCGUGGCGACGAGUAUCGCCGGGAUGAAUGCCGUACCCGGUAGGCUGAACGCUACAAGCCACCUGCACUAUCAGGGGAGAAACGCGAAGAAACGCCAGCUCGAUCUCAAUCAGCGACAGCGCGAACAUUCGAGCCCCCUCAGAUUUUCCUUUGCUGAAAAUGUUAAGCUGCAAAACAUUGAAAACGAGCUGACAUAUGACUGUCCGAAUUGCGCUGAUGAAACGAUAAGCUCAAGGACCACGAAAUGGACUAUGCCACUUUUAAAACUUGGCGAGAAGCGCUAUUAUUUAGGAAUUUUCUUUAAGGCUAAUUGGUACAAGGCGGCCCAGUACUGUCGCUAUCAUGGUAUGCACCUCGUUAGCAUAAGUUCCCAGGAAGAGAAUGAUAAGCUGGAAAAGCAUAUAAAGGACUUCGGGCUGGGUCACGAGCACUUCUGGACAUCGGGCACCGAUCAAGGCGUGGAAGGGGCUUUCUUCUGGAUGGCGAAUGGCUGGCCUAUCACUUUCGAGAAUUGGAACGCCGGCGAACCUAAUAACUUUCGGUAUGAAAAUGGCGAGGAGGAGGAUUGCUUGGAGUUGUGGAACCGCGAUAGCAAAGGACUCAAAUGGAACGACAGCCCAUGCAGUUUCGAAACCUUCUUUGUGUGUGAAGUGUAGUGACAUCCUUUAUAACUUUAUUCUCUUUUCUUCAAUCUCUCUUCUUCGAUGAGGAAGGACGAUAAAACUUACUUAAAAAAUUUUAAGCUCGAGAGAUUGUCUGUCGAUGGUAUGAAAUGGUAUUUUAUGCCGACGAAGAACGAAAAGAGGCUCGGUUGUAUAGCAGGACUUUAAGAAUCUCAUGCGAGACUUUUCGGGCCUCCGUAACGAUUCACAUCAAUUCGCACGGAAGAAAUAAUGUUUUAUUCCAUCGUCGAGAUAUCGUUUGCAAAAGAAUGCUU